ACGGAAACAAAAGCCGGUUAUUUGAUCGCCUUUCGUUAUCAUCGUUAAGUUUGUUUGUUGACACGCGUCGUGGCAGAAAUAUUUGUUUAUGCUUGUUUGAAUGUUGUGUAUCAGAUUAUUUUUUGUAAAUUGAAAAUAAUUCUAGAAUUACAAUGAAGGCUUUAAUUUUGGUUGGUGGAUAUGGCACAAGGUUGCGACCUUUGACACUGAGCUGUCCCAAACCACUAGUAGAGUUCUGUAACAAACCUAUGUUACUACAUCAGCUAGAAGCAUUGGUUGAGGCAGGAGUCAGUCAUAUAAUUCUAGCUGUAAGUUAUAGAGCAGAUCAAAUGGAGAAAGAAUUAAAGUCUGUCGAAGAAAAGCUUGGAAUAACUAUCACUAUUUCUUUGGAAACAGAACCUCUUGGAACAGCCGGACCCCUUGCUCUAGCUAGAGAACACCUUACAAAGGACAACGAUCCAUUUUUUGUACUCAACAGUGAUAUAAUCUGUGAUUUCCCAUUUAAAGACAUGAUCAAGUUUCAUAAACAUCAUGGUAAACAAGGAACUAUUGUUGUAACAAAGGUAGAGGAGCCGUCCAAGUAUGGUGUGGUCGUUUAUGAUGUAGAGUGUGGCAGAAUACAUAAAUUUGUAGAGAAACCUCAAGAAUAUGUCUCCAAUAAAAUCAAUGCUGGAAUGUAUAUGUUUUCACCGGCAAUGUUAGAUAGAAUAGAGCUUAGACCUACAUCAAUUGAGAAAGAAGUGUUUCCAGACAUGGCAAAAGAUGGAGAAAUGUAUACUAUGGAAUUACAAGGUUUUUGGAUGGAUGUAGGUCAACCUAAAGAUUUUCUCACUGGUAUGUGUAUGUACUUGACCUCGUUAAAAAAGAAGAGCUCCAACCUGUUAUAUAAUGGUGAAGGUGUUGCAGGGAAUGCUCUUGUGGAUCCCAGUGCAAAAAUAGGCCAUAAUUGUAGAAUAGGACCUAAUGUUACAAUAGGACCAAAUGUUGUUAUAGAAGAUGGUGUUUGUAUUAAAAGAUGUACAGUUUUAAAUGGUGCUCAUAUAAAAUCACAUUCAUGGCUAGAUUCUUGUAUCAUUGGAUGGAAAUGUGUGGUUGGUAGAUGGGUACGUAUGGAGAAUGUCUCAGUACUAGGGGAAGAUGUUACAGUGAAAGAUGAACUUUAUAUAAAUGGUGGUAGAAUUUUACCUCACAAAUCUAUAGCUGACUCCGUGAAAGAUCCACAGAUUAUAAUGUAGUGCUCUCCACAUUGAAAAGCAUUUAAAGUGGUUGACCAAUUACCUAUCUGA